CAACACGUGCCAUCCUUAUCUGGAUUCCGGAUCCCCUCUCUCUCUAUAUAUAUCACCUUCUCCGUCUCUCACAAAACUCCAUCAUCUACACUGCACAAAUCAAUCACUGUUUUUAUUUUCGUCAAUGGCCGAGCAACAAGCAUUGCAGCAGCACGACCAGCCACCACGAAAGUCCUACCAGGUGGUGAAGGCAGCAACUGCGGCCACAGCUGGUGGAUCUCUGCUACUUCUUUCUGGUUUAGUGGUGGUUGGUACGGUCAUUGCGAUCACCAUAGCUACUCCAUUGCUGGUCAUUUGCAGCCCGGUUAUUGUCCCUGCGAUCAUCGCAGUUGGUCUCAUAAUCACAGGGUUCUUGACCUCAGGAGGUUUCGGCGUAGCAUCAGUCUUCAUCUUGACAUGGAUUUAUAGGUAUGUAACUGGGAAGAAGCCACCGGGCGCGGAAAGUCUGGAGCAGGCACGGCUGAAACUGGCGGGUAAGGCACGAGAAAUUAAGGACAAAGCGGAGCAGUUUGGGCAUCAAGCAACUGGUCAACAGACAUAGAAGAUCCGGUCCACUUCCAUCUCUGCCCUUAUACAUGGAGAAACAAUAAUACAGAUAUCAUUAAAGAUUGGGGUGGAGAAGCAUGGCUUUGAUUUAGAUGUGUAUGAGUGGUGAUUAAUUAUAAAUCAAGGCCAUUUCUUGUUUGUGGUGUUAA